AUGUGUUUACACUGCCGGUUCUCCCAUCAACAACCGAGCCCUCUUCCCCUGCCAGGAGCCGCCUGUUGCCAUGUCAACAUGGCAGGCAACAGUACGGGCCCCCAGUGAGUGUGUGGUUUUGAUGAGUGGGGAGGAACAAGCUGCACCUAUUGAGGACGGAGACACUUGUUUCUCAAUCUGGAAUUACUAUGUCACUAUGCCCAUGCCCGCCUCCACUUUCACUUUGGCAGUGGGCCACUGGUGCCAAGUCAUAGAAGAAAUUCCCCCAGCAUUGGAAAGAGGGUUGAAGGACAGGACGGAUUGUGGCAAGACUGCCAAACCUGGGGCUGGGUCUGGGGAAUGGACUGAGGCUGAGCUUGUGUCUGGACUUGGACGCUCCUCCAAUGAAGUAGUAAAGGGCUCUCCACUCCAGACUGGAAGUGGAGACCAGACCACCUGCCCAGACUCUACAUUCUCUUACGCUUCCUUCGAGGAUGAGGGGCUCUCUGUAACUGACUAUACAGGCAUGGUGGAUGAUGGCGUCUCUUGUUCCCAUGGUGACUACCCUUGCCGAUUUACUGAGCGGUCGGCUAGGUCCCAGCGGGUGAUUCCACACCGUGUGUUUGGCCCCAUCAGCUUCUUGCAAAAGGCCCAGAUGGGAGUCCUCAAGCUGUUACCUCGAUGUUUGGCUGCAGCCCAUGCCGUUCUGGGGGUACAUCCCUUUCCCCGCCUUGAUGUUCUCAUCGUUCCAGCUGGGUUUUCCAGUUUGGGCUUGGCCAG